UGAUGUCAUAAUGGGUGGGUUGGGGGGUGAAUUGGGACCUACAGUGUAUGAUUAACAAACCACAGCCAGUAUAAACAAAAACUGAUAAUUUAAUGGGGUAAGAAAAGCUACAUUAUUUCCUGUUUAAAUGUAAUCUUUUAUUUCAGUCUCUUACCAGUGUGCUUCAGAACAACUGAACCAGUGCUAGUUGGUUUAAUGGAAGGGAAGAAAAAACUGAGCUGAGGUUGGCUUCUUUUAGCUCCCUGCUAGACGCUGUAAUUCCAGCUAAUGCGGAUAAUGCCUGGAACACAUUGCACACAAUGUGGUGCGCGCUGCCUGCAACGCACAGCUCUCCUCAGAUUUGGAGAUGCGCUACAAUCAGCCGGUGGGAGGAGAGCGGGAGAGAUUAUGUGGUCAGAAUUACACAUUAGCUGUGGAUGUAACUGUUAGUUAACUAAGAAAGUGCUUUAUUGUCAACAUGGUGUUUAAUGUGAUAUUUUUUUAUUUUCUAAUGGGUGUUUCUUAUCUGCAAAACCAGCUGCUUGUUGCAUUGAGCUGCAUUAGAGAAUGAUAGUCGGAUGGGAAUUUGAGGGGGCUUGUGGCAGAUUGCAGCAAAUCUCUGUUCAAAACCAACCAAUCACAGCAGAGACAGGAAUCUGAGACCUAGCCUCCAACAUGGAUUCCUACGGAGAUUCGCUCAAACGCAGCCAAUCACUGGCGAGCAUGCUGGAAAAAACCUCGCUGACAUGGAAUAAGCCAUCGCUCUCUCACAGCACCAGCACUCUGUCAUCUCGUCAUUCCAAACAGAUCACCAAAGAUUGGGAAGUGAUUGAUGAUCUUCUUGUGGAGACUCAUGCAACAAGUGACGGUUCCAAUGACAGGACCACUCCUGGAAACUGUGAAGGAUACCUGCUGAAGAGGAGAAAGUGGCCACUCAAAGGAUGGCACAAACGAUACUUUGUCUUGGAAACAGGAAUCUUGCGGUAUUCCAAAAAUCACCAAGAUGUCUCCAGGGGAAGAGUCCAGGGCUCCCUUGAUGUUAGUCUUGCAGUGAUGUCAAUAAACAAGAAAUCAAGUAGGAUUGAGCUUGAUGCUGGGAACAUUAUCUAUCAUAUAAAGGCAAAAAGCCAUGAGUUCUUCUAUAUUUGGGUAACCAAACUACAAGCUCACCGCAUGUACAAGAAGACCGAGGCGGCCGUCUUCCUGCACACUCUGUCCCAUUCUGCUGCAGCUGCACAAGUUCAGACAAAUGGAGAUUUGACUUCUGCAGGUGUGACGGAUAUUGCUGGAGGAUCAGGGUCGCUUCCCUCACCUAACAUGCCUGUGAAGAGCAAAGUAUCUGCUUGGCUGCAACAAUCUCAUGACCCAGACAGCUGUGUUCAAGAGCUGAACCGGUGCCAUUUAGACCUUUCUGAACUAAACUGCUUAAUUAAAAGGUUGCAUUCGCUGGAGGCGGGGCAGACAUUCACUAACGGAGACCUGCAGCACAUCAUCAGCAUUCGGAAUGUUUCACUUGAGCAGCCAAAAAAGCCAAAGUCGGGGAAAAUGUGGGGCCACUCUCGCACGCUAUCCAGAGUCGAGGCCUUGGGAAUGUUUUCUUCCAACCACUUGAGCAGCUCGCCUCCCCUCGGUGCAUCAGUCCAAUCUAUUCCUGACUACGUUUACUCCCAGCUGUCCCCUCCUACGGUCUCAUCAUCUGAGGACAAGAAACUGCAGCAGGAUAUUUGCACCACAUCCCUACGAGUGCUUGCGUCCCUGAAAUUAGUGCAUGAGAAACUGUCCCAGGAGCAUCAGAAACUGCAGGAGGUUUGGGGCCACCAUGCUAACACAAUGACUGAGUCAGUGAGACCUUUGCCCCAAGGGCCUCCGUCAGUAACGGAUUCGGAUGCGGAGUAUUUUGAUGCCAGUGACGACAUCCUGUGCGGCAGUUCUUCUGAGAUGUCUGAGGAAUCAGGGCUCAGUGAUGGAAGCACCAGCAACUCUGAGCCAGACGAAGGUCACGUGUCAGCCAUCCGCAAGUACCGCGCUAGUGUAUCGCACAGUCCUAACAGUGCUGUCUCCAAGAGCAGAGGAUAUCGAACAACUCUACCAGCUCACUGUCCAGACAACAGUCAUGUGGGCCUUGUGGCUAUCCUCUACAAUAACAUUGGUAAAGAUUUGGCUCGCGUCUCCAUGCCCGCUGUGCUCAAUGAACCUAUUAACCUUCUGCAGAGGCUGUGUGAGGAGCUGGAGUACAGCAACCUGUUGGACACUGCUAACAACACUCCAGACCCAUACCAGAGGAUGGUGUAUAUCGCUGCGUUUGCUAUUUCUGGCUACUCAACCGCGACCUUCCGAAGUCGCUAUAAACCCUUUAAUCCAGUACUGGGUGAGACCUACGAGUGCAUAAGGGAGGAUAGGGGCUUCCACUUCAUCAGUGAGCAGGUGUGUCACCAUCCACCCAUCUCUGCCUGCCAUGCAGACUCUGAGAACUUCUCCUUUUGGCAAGAUCAGCGCUGGAAAAAUAAAUUCUGGGGAAAGUCACUGGAGAUUCUUCCAACAGGAAUGGUGAAUGUGACUCUUCCACGAUAUGGAGACCACUAUGAGUGGAAUAAAGUGGUGACCUGCAUCCAUAAUGUCUUCAGUCAACAACGCUAUUUAGAACACUAUGGGGAGGUGACCAUCCGCAACCUUAAAAGCAACAUCUGCAUCUGCAAGAUCACCUUCAUCAAGUCUCGUUACUGGGGUUCAGAUACAAACAAGAACGAGGUACAGGGAACCGUACUGGAUGAAAGCGGGAGCGUCAUUCACCGGUUCGGAGGUUUGUGGCAUGAAGGCAUCUUCUGUGACACGCUGCCCACUCCAAAAUGUAUCUGGAAGCCAAAUCCGCAGCCGAAGGAUUACCUUCUGUACUAUGGCUUCUCAUCCUUUGCCAUGGAGCUGAACGAGCUCACACCAGGUCUGAAGCCUCUCCUGCCGCCUACAGACACCCGCCUGCGGCCAGACCAAAGAAUGCUAGAAGAGGGGCAGGUGGAUGCUGCUGACAGAAUAAAAGAUGAAAUUGAGGACCGGCAGAGGGAUCGUAGAAAAGAACUCACCAAAAAGGGGGAAGAACGUGUUCCACGUUUUUUCAAGAAAGCCAAAGAUUGUAGUGGAAGGGACGUGUGGUUGAUGAAUGGAACCUACUGGAAGCUCCGAGAGAAUCCGGGUUUUGAGAAUAUUGAAAACUUGACUCUGUGGUGAUAAAACUGCAACGAUGACGGACAGCAACAACAUAAAAAAGUGAUGAUAAAUAGAAUUAAGGACAUGUGGGCACGACACAUAUGAACCACUCUGGAUGGCGUGCAGAGGGGUGAUGGUGGUGAUUAUUGUCAGCUGUCUAUCGUGGAAGCAUUCCAUGACUGGCUCAUGGAAACUUCAUCUUUUAACACACCGUCACUAGUUAUGCUAGCUAGAGUGCAUCACUUGCUAAGUAAAGAAACAUUUGAAGAAUUUUGUCAUCAGGAUGAAUUUUCUGUUGCAUUAUUUUUUAAUGAAUUUAGCCAUAUUUUUGUGUUUUUCGUUCCUUCUUUUUUGAAUAUUUCAGAAAUACUCAGCAGGACUUGAGAUUAACAACUGAAAUGACUUGAAAUUAAAACAUGUACGUUUUUGAAUUUCAUGUUAAUUAGAGAACUAUUACAAUAAAACAGUAAAUUCC